AUGUCUAAAUCACCAAACAUUGAAUAAGAAACUGACAAUCUUCCCGAAGAAGACGUAAUAAACAACGAAAACCAAAACAAUGACAUAAAUUUUUCCAACUAAAACCUCGAUGAAUAAGAUAUUCAAGAAUACGAAAAUCAAUUAGGAAUAACUUCCAAAUUAACUAAAUCAGAAAAAAUAAUAUAAAAAAAAUAAUGGCAAAAAUUUCAACAUCUAACAGGUUUAGAAAUAACAAACAAUCUAGUAUGUGAUUUAGAAGAUCACAAUAACGAGAAAAUUCUUUUUAUUUGCAAAAACCCAUAUUGUGAGGCUCCUCGUAGAUUAUGUUGCGGAUAUUGCAACGAAUUGCAUUCAUAACAUCAAAAAUAAUUAAAUAAACUAAUAUCUUUUAGAGAAAAUACAUUAGAAGCUCGUAUAAAACUAUAAAACUCACUUGCAGAUUUUACCUAAUUCGAUAAAAAAAGUUUAAUAUAAAACUAAUUAUUGCAACUAAUAAAAAAUAAAUAAAAAUAACUAUCGUUAUAAUUCGAAAGAUUCCUCAAAACACAAUAUUUGACUCUUUUAAAAUUACUAGACGGCGCAACUGAAAAUUACAUGUUCGAAGAAAUGGAAAUAUUAAAAUAUGUGGGCAGUUUCCACGAAAAAGUAGAAUUUAUUUUUUCCCAAAAAUGGGGUGAUUUAGAUAAAGAAAAGUCAUGA